GACUGCUGGCAUAUUUUGAAGUAAAUUUUGCAGAGUAACAAGAUGGAUUAUGGGAGUUUGGGAAUAGGAAUAAUAUUAUUGAUAGAGAAUACAAUUGGAAUACUGGGAAAUGCCUCUCUUCUUUCUUACUACCUAGUUAUUUUUUACAAGAAACACAAAAUAAAGCCCUUGAAUUUAAUUCUCAUGCAUCUAAUAAUGGUUAAUUUCUUGAUCAUUCUCUCUAAAGGACUGAGCAUCACAAUGACAACUUUUGGGUUAAAACUUUUCUUCAAUGACUGGAGCUAUCAACUUUUUUUGUAUGCACUAAAAGUUUUCAGAAGCAUGUCUAUUGCCACCAUCUGUCUCUUGAGUGUCUUCCAGGCCAUCAUUAUCAGCCCUAGACACUCCUGCUGGAGCAAUCUUAGAGUCAAAUCUCCCAAGGACAUUGGUCUCUACAUUUCUCUCUGCUGGAUCUUGUACAUCAUGGUAAAUGUUCUUUUCCCUUUGUACAUGUCCAUAAAAUUGAGAAGGAAAAACAUAACAAAAGGGACAGAUUUUGAACCCUAUACUGUUGCAGGUCAUGACAAAGUCACAGUCUCUUUAUAUAUAGCUUUCUUUGUGUUUCCUGAACUUCUACUUUCUGUCCUCAUCACCUGGUCCAGUAGCUCAAUGGUUAUCCUUUUGUACAGGCAUAGGCAGCGAGUUCAACACAUCCGCAGCACUUAUGCUUUCCAAAGUAGCUCUCCUGAGUCCAGAGCCACCCAGAACAUCCUUGCCCUAGCAUUCACCUUUGUGGCUCUUUAUACCCUCUCUACCAUCACACAUGGUUGCAGUGCUAUAUUGUCUGGUCAAAAUUGGUGGCUAAUGAGGAUCACAAACAUUAUAACUUUGUUUUUUCCUACUUUGAGCCCCUUUAUACUUAUGAGUCAAUCUUCCCCUCUCUCAGGACUCUUCUUUCUUUGGAUAAAGGAUAAAGAAUCUUCUAAUGUUAUUUUAACUAUUUAA